CCAAUACUUGCGGAACCUAGGAAACAGAGUCUUUUUAGUUUCUGAAACAACAACAAUUGUAACAUUUUGCCACAAUGGGAAGUGAAGGUGAUGCCAAGACCAACAACAACACCAAUCAUGAGAGGAAACCAAGAUUUCUUUGCCUUCAUGGAUUUCGAACAAGUGGUGCAAUUUUGAAGAAACAAAUUCUUGAUAAAUGGCCAACUCAAGUUGUGGAUAAAUUGGAUCUUGUUUUUGUUGAUGCGCCUUUUCCUUGUCAAGGCAAAUCUGAAGUUGAAGGAAUCUUUGACCCUCCUUAUUAUGAAUGGUUCCAAUUCAAUAAGGAGUUUACGGAGUAUGAGAAUUUUGAUGAAUGUCUUGCAUACAUAGAAGAGUGCAUGAUUAAGCAUGGACCUUUCGAUGGUCUUCUUGGUUUCUCCCAGGGGGCAAUUCUUUCUGGAGCUUUGUCUGGGUUGCAGGAUAAGGGAGUGGGACUUACGAAGGUGCCUAAAAUAAAAUAUCUGAUAAUAAUUGGAGGUGCUAAAUUCCAGAAUAAAUCAGUGGCCGAAAAAGCUUAUUCGUCAGCAAUUACAUGCCCCUCCGUUCACUUCUUAGGUGAGCAAGACUACCUCAAGAAGUAUGGGAUAGAACUCUUGGAAUCAUGUGCUGAUCCAGUGGUGAUUCAUCAUCCUAGAGGCCACACUAUACCAAGAUUUGAUGAGAAAGGAUUAGAGAGCAUGCUUAUUUUCAUUGAGAAGGUGCAAGCAGAGAUUAGCAAGUAAACAAGUUUAAGAAAGCCAUGGUUUUUGUGGUAGCUCCUCGUUGGGAAAUAUUUCUAAAUAAAAUUGCUUCGAAUAAUUGGUUUUUGACGAUGUAGGAAGAAAAAUAAUAGGCCUUAUUAGAAAGGUUACAGAACUAUGGCCAUGCUAUUGUAUUUACGGCGGUGUGCCAUUCGAUUAUUUUAGAUCCUUGAUAUGUUUCUCUUGGUUGAAGAGAAUCGUUGUUCAUUUUACUAUUAUUUGCUUAAAUUCGAAGUCAAAAUAUUGGCAAUA